UUUUGUUUCUUAUAUCUCCUCCUCUUUAUGUCUAAAGAAGAAAAUCCUAAAACUAUUCAAGGAACAAAUAAUCCAAUGGCGGCAGCUCCUUAUCAUGGUAUGAUAGAAGAAAUUUAUGUGAUGUUGGUUGAUCUUGACAAGGAGAUUGUUGGUGAGAUGAUUGAUUUGCUCAAAUCGUUUGAAUAUAAAGUUAUGACAGUUGAUGCUUCCACAGCCAUGGCAAUGCUCUCCAAUGGAAAGAAAAAAAUUGAUGCUAUGAUAAUCAAUAUCCAUUCACCUUAUUUUCUUUCCUUCGAGGUUCUUAUUCAAGCUGUAGCCUUGGAUAUCAUUUCACUCGUUAUAUUUGAUGAACACAAGGAGUACUUAAUAAUGAAGGCUUUUAGCAUUGGAGCUUAUAUUUACUUGAAGAAACCACUUGACAAGGAUAUUGUGAAAUAUUUGUGGCAAUUUGUCUUGAGGAAAAGAAUCAAAAAGGAAAAAGAUAGAGAAGGAUUAGAAGAAAAUAGGGAUCAGAUGAAUGUUGAUGAUAUUGGUAACACAAAUGUUGUUAGAGAUAAUGAAGAACAAGCUGAAAACGAUGUCGUAUCGAAUGGAAAAUACAAGCCAAGGAAAAAGAGAAGUAGAGAAAGCAUGAAAGAGAUUAAUGAAGGAGAAAGACAGAUUCGUAUUAUGAGAAAAAACUACACAAAUUGGACUGCUGAUCUACAUACCAAAUUCAUGAAAGCUACGCAACAUCUUGGUGAAGGAAGAUGUUUGCCGAAAAAGAUUCUUAAGGUGAUGAAUGUGCCUAGUCUUACCAGAACACAUAUUGCCAGCCAUCUUCAGAAAUGCCGUAAUGGCAAUUGGAAAGCUCCAAAAGACCAAAAAUCUAGAUGUCGCCCCUCAGGUCAGGGAUCCUCAAGUGGUUCUCAACAACGAUGUAGCAUUAGAAAAUUUGGGACAAUGUCAUGUCUUCAAGAAAAUAUUCCAAAUCAUAUUCAAAGAGGCCUAGAGUUCCCAUUUCCAACUCUCAAUUCCAACAUUUUUGCUAGAGGAGAGAGUUUAAUUCAACCACAAUUCUAUCGCCCACGAUUUCAGGUUCAAUCUCACAACCUCAAUAUUGUAAACCCAUUCAAUAGCUCAUUUUUUUCGGCUCAAAAUAAUGAUGGUGGUGAGCUACAACAACAGCAAGGUCCAUUAUUUGGAAUGCUGGAAUCACAAAGACUACAAGGCCUAAUUAUUGGGAGCAAUAGUUAUAAGCCUGACAUGGCGUUUAACAGUAAGGAUCAUCAUGGUCAAAAUGACCACAACUUGAAUGUCAAUGUUGUCAAUGUAACAACAUAUUCAGGCAGCGCAAUAAUGACUGAUACAAAUGCUGAAAAUGCGACUAUUAAUGAAUUAGGAGCAUCAAAUGCUAACUUUCAACAGUAUUUUGGUGAACAAAAUAUGUCCGAUCCAAGCAAUAUUGUCGUGGCACCAGAUGCGGGUGAUUCAAAUGAGAAGAAAAAUUGUGAUGUGGAUUUCGAUUUCAAUUUCAAUUUCAAUGAUGUGGAUUUCGAUAAAAUGAAUUUUCUCUUCCAGAAUCUUGAACUUCCAAGUUCUAACCUGCCUAAUAAACAAAGCAUUGAGUUUGAUCAGGCUUACUCUGAUGAUCAGGUGACAGCGAUACCGAGUAUCCAAUUUCAAGAAAUAACAAUUUUUCCUGAUGAAUAUCAACGUUAUCCAGUGCCAAGUGAGAUUAUUGGUGACAACUCUCAAAAGGGCUCUUUGGAGCGACAAAAUUGUUUUCUCAAGUGAAAAAUGCAUCUUUCAUUUUUCUGGAGACUAUUUUGUUCAGUAUAACUUGAGUUGUUAGUUUGUUUUUCUUUUUUCGUUUGGAACUAACAGUCGGUAUUAGAUUAGAUGCUUUCAUAAUUAUUAUCUUGACAUGGGAUUAUAAUUUUGUUUAGUAUCGGACCUAUUUAUCCUAAUAUUACAUUAUACCUUUUGGGUGACUUAUUAUAUGUUAUCUAUGGGAUCAAUUAUUUGU